GGUGGAUAGCCAGCAAUCGGGGCCCUCGACGCGACAUCUGCCGAUUGCCCAGCUCAACUUGACUCCGUUGGACCUCAUCAUCCCUCGAGCCGCCGUUUGUCUUCACCUCUGCGUCGGGUUUCAGGACGUUGGUCAGGCUUUUCUCUCGCUACUGGCUGUGCUGAACUAUCGUUUCCGCUUCCCACGGAGCCCAACUGCAGCUUCUCCAACCGUUUGAGCCCAUUGCUCGACACCGAUUGUCAUUGUUGACAGUCGACUCUCGCCAUGUCGUCCGGCGGAACCAUCUCGGGCAACACCCUUCGAGGGACUCCCAACAGGGAUCGUCGAGGGGGCAUUCCAUUCCAGCAACAACAGCACCCGCAUGCAAGCCCUGCUGGAUCAGCGAUUCCUCGACCUGUUCUGGAGGAGAAGCCCAGCGAUGCGGGUUCUGCUCUGAGUGCGAGUCGGCAGAAGCAGACUAAGCGAGAUGAGGCAAUUCGACGUAAGCUCGAGACCGAUCUCUCCAAGAAGAGCAAGCUGGCCGGCCGCACACGCCAGAGCCGCAAGGCCCCCCCGGGCACCGUCUUGUCCCUGAAGCCCAGCCCUGCUCUCCAGAUCAAGCCUUCGACUACAGUCUCCGAAGCUGCUCAGCUUAUGGCCGCAAAGCGAGAGGAUUGUGUGCUCGUUACCGACGACGAUGACCGCAUCGCUGGUAUCUUCACCGCCAAGGAUCUGGCUUUCCGAGUCGUCGGAGCUGGGUCCAAGGCCUCCAAUGUCACUAUUGCCGACAUUAUGACCAAGAACCCUCUUUGUGCCCGCACCGAUACCAGCGCCACCGACGCCCUCGACCUGAUGGUCCGCAAGGGAUUCCGCCACUUGCCAGUCAUGGACGAGAACCAGGAUAUUUCGGGUAUUCUCGACAUCACCAAGUGCUUCUACGAGGCUAUGGAGAAGCUCGAGCGUGCCUACUCCUCAUCCAGGAAACUCUACGACGCUCUGGAGGGUGUGCAGUCCGAGCUCGGCGCUAGUCAACCCCAGCAGAUCAUCCAAUAUGUCGAGACCUUGCGCAGCAAGAUGUCUGGACCGACUCUGGAGAGUGUGCUUAACGGCAUCCCUCCUACCACUGUGAGCGUCAGGACCUCGGUCAAGGAAGCUGCGGCUUUGAUGAAGGAGAACCACACGACGGCUGUCUUGGUGCAAGACCAGGGAGCCAUUACCGGUAUCUUCACCAGCAAAGACGUUGUUCUUCGCGUCAUUGCCCCUGGCUUGGAUCCCGCCACCUGCAGUGUCGUGCGUGUCAUGACACCUCAUCCCGACUUUGCACCCAUGGACAUGAGCAUCCAGGCCGCUCUUCGCAAGAUGCACGAUGGCCAUUACCUUAACCUCCCCGUCAUGAAUGAGGGCGGCGAGAUUGUGGGCAUGGUGGACGUGCUCAAGCUCACCUACGCCACGCUCGAGCAGAUCAACACCAUCUCGACAGGAGAUGGAGAGGGCCCGGCUUGGAACAAGUUCUGGCUGUCCAUGGACAACGAAACAGAGUCCAUGAUGUCUGGCGACGGCGGCAGCCACAGCCACCACCACACCAACCUUGGUUCUCGCAUGAUGUCUCCUGAUGUGACGCGCGAGCGCAUUGGCGACAGCGUUGCGCCUGGCGACUCUGCGUCUCACGUCGGUGCUGAGUCACCCCCUCGCUCCAUGCUGCAAGAGACGCCUGGCGUGGUCCCGGCAGAACUGCCGUUCCCCUUCAAGUUCAAGGCCCCCUCAGGUCGUGUACACCGCUUGCAAGUCAUCGCGUCGCAGGGCAUUGAGACUUUUGUUGCGGCCGUCGCCGCCAAGCUCGGUAACGAGGUGGAGGGCAUUGGAGGCACUCCCGUCGUUGAGGACGGCAAGAUGAGCGGCACUGGCUUUGCGCUGAGCUACGCUGACGACGAGGGUGACACGGUGUCCAUCACCACGGACAACGAUCUGCUCGAGGCGAUUCUUCUGGCUCGCCAGAGCCUUCGUGAGAAGGUUGAUCUUUACGUGCACCAUCCGGACACGACCCCUGUCGUGGCGCCUCCACCCCCUCCUCCUGUCGUCGAGACACCAGUCGUUCCCACGCCCACUGCUUCGUCUGCUGAUGGCCUCCGCAUGCGCCGCCGCGACUACGACGAGGAGGACGACGAGGAUGACGAGGAGGAGGAAUCUACCGUGCGUCGGUCCAGGCGAAACCGCAAUGCACCCGUUCAGGACCAGGUCAUUGCCGGCGUUCCCAACGAGCUGCUGCUGCCCGGUGCCAUUGUCACGCUCGCUGUUGUGAUAGUCGGUGUUUUCACCAUUACCAGGGCUACCAGUAGAUGAACUCAAACUGCCUUGCGUGAUUGAUAGGUUGGAGCAGGUUCACAUCCUCAUGAGCCACCAAGGCAGCUGUACAUGUUUCAGCAUUUCGUACUCUUUGCAUAUAUAGACCUGUCGUAAUCAAGCGAAUAUCAAAUUUUAAUCUGCCAU